UAAAACUCCGUAGCCCUAACAGACAAAUUUACAGCAAUUUCUCUGAACCUCAAAGGGCCGCAUCAAUUGAAACCUCAAUAGUUGUUGAAGAAGAUGGAAAACGGUGAAAUCCCAGAGAAUGCUCCUGAACAUUGCCCAGGUCCACAAUCUGAAACAGCAGGAAAAUCUGAUGCUUGUGAAGGAUGCCCAAAUCAAGAAAUUUGUGCUACUGCUCCUAAAGGACCUGACCCAGACUUGGUUGCAAUAGUAGAAAGAAUGGCAACUGUGAAGCACAAGAUACUGGUUUUAUCUGGCAAAGGAGGAGUUGGUAAGAGUACUUUCUCAGCUCAACUUGCUUUUGCAUUGGCAGCUAUGGAUUUUCAAGUAGGUCUCCUUGACAUUGAUAUCUGUGGCCCGAGCAUCCCAAAGAUGCUUGGUCUCGAAGGACGAGAGAUUCACCAGAGUAAUAUUGGAUGGUCCCCUAUUUACGUUGAGUCUAACCUUGGGGUUAUGUCAAUUGGUUUCAUGCUCCCCAACCCUGAUGAAGCUGUCAUAUGGAGAGGGCCUCGCAAGAAUGGUCUAAUUAAGCAAUUCCUCAAAGAAGUUUAUUGGGGAGAGCUUGAUUUCCUUGUGGUUGAUGCUCCACCUGGGACGUCAGAUGAACAUAUUUCAAUCGUUCAAUUCCUCCAAGCAACUGGAAUAGAUGGCGCAGUUAUAGUCACAACCCCACAACAGGUAUCCCUGAUAGAUGUAAGGAAAGAAGUUAGUUUUUGCAAGAAAGUUGGGGUUGAGGUUCUUGGCGUUGUUGAGAACAUGAGUGGUCUUUCCCAGCCACUCUCAGAAUUCAAAUUCACGAGAACGACAGAGACUGGGGAGCAGAAAGACAUGACCGAGUGGGCCAUGUCUUAUAUCAGAGAGAACGCCCCAGAAAUGCUGAACUUGAUUGCUUGUACUGAAGUUUUUGAUACCAGUGGCGGAGGUGCUGCAAAGAUGUGCAACGAUAUGGGUGUCCCGUUUCUUGGAAAAGUACCACUAGAUCCUCAGCUAUGUAAAGCAGCCGAAGAAGGAAGAUCAUGCUUUUCAGAUGAUAAAUGCCAGGCAAGUGCCCCUGCGCUCAAGAUGAUAAUAGAAAAGAUGUUGGCUGAGAAAAACAUCUCAACAGAGAAUGGAGCAUAGUAUUUAUUAGUACUUUUUUCUAGGCUUUCUGUACCCUUUCUCUGAUUAAAUUCCGGGUGCUUGUGACCAACAUUUUUUCCAUAAGGGAGAGCUUUUAGUAUGAAUGUAUUAUACAGCUUCUACUGAUUUUUAUACGAUGAUUUGUUUAACGGA